UGGAGACUGCGUCUGCGCAGUCAGGCUUUGCAAGGCCCCGCCUCUUUGGGGCACCUGAAGUCCUUUGGGGCGGAGGAGGACUGGGACCCCUGGCACCUCUCAUCUGGCGGCUGCUGUGGUGUUCUGUGUCCUCGUGGUGGGCUUACUUCGUCGCCCACCUCCUCGCGGUGAGUCUGAGGACUUUCUUUUCCGAUCUGAGAAGGCGGCUAACAACAAAGAAUCUGGAAAAGUUGGAGAAGAUAAAGUAUAUCCAGUAUCCGAAACAGGAGAUCAAUAAAGGAGGAAAUGCACAAUUUUGAGGAUGAGUUAACGUGUCCCAUUUGUUACAGUAUAUUUGAAGAUCCUCGUGUACUACCAUGCUCUCAUACAUUUUGUAGAAAUUGUUUGGAAAAUGUUCUUCAGGCAUCUGGUAACUUUUAUAUAUGGAGACCUUUACGAAUUCCACUCAAGUGCCCUAAUUGCAGAAGUAUUAUUGAAAUUGCUCCAACUGGUAUUGAAUCAUUACCUGUUAAUUUUGCAUUAAGGGCUAUUAUUGAAAAGUACCAGCAAGAAGACCAUCCAGAUAUUGUCACCUGCCCUGAACAUUAUCGGCAGCCAUUAAAUGUUUAUUGUCUGCUAGAUAAAAAAUUAGUUUGUGGUCAUUGCCUCACUAUAGGUCAACAUCAUGGUCAUCCUAUAGAUGAUCUUCAGAGUGCUUAUAUGAAAGAAAAGGACACACCUCAAAAACUGCUUAAACAGUUAACUGAUACACACUGGACAGAUCUUACUCGUCUUAUUGAAAAGCUAGAGGAACAAAAAUCGCAUUCUGAGAAAAUGGUCCAAGGUGAUAAGGAAGUUGUUCUCCAGUAUUUUAAGGAGCUUAUGGAUACAUUGGAACAGAAAAAAAAAAUUUUCCUAACAGCUCUCUGUGAUGUUGGCAAUCUGAUUAAUCAAGAAUAUACUCCGCAAAUUGAAAGAAUGAAAGAAAUAAGAGAGCAGCAGCUUGAAUUAAUGACAGUGACAACUUCAUUACAAGAUGAGUCUCCACUUAAAUUUCUUGAAAAAAUUGAUGAUGUCCGCCAACGUGUGCAGAUCUUGAAACAAAGACCACUUCCUGAGGUUCAGCCUGUUGAAAUUUAUCCUCGAGUAAGCAAAAUAUUAAAAGAAGAGUGGAGCAGAACAGAAAUUGGACAAAUUAAGAAAGCUCUCAUUCCUGAAAUGAAAAUCUCUUCAAAAAGAAUGCCAUGUUCCUGGCCUGAUAAGGAUGAAAAAGAAGUAGAAUUUUUUAAAAUUUUAAACAUUGUUAUAGUUACACUAAUUUCAGUGAUAUUAAUGUUGAUACUCUUUUUCAACCAACACAUAAUAACCUUCUUAAAUGAAAUCACUUCAAUAUGUUUUUCUGAAGUCUCUCUGUCUAUUUACCAAAGUUUAUCUAACAAUCUUAAUGAUUUAAGAAAUAUACUGUGUCAUACCUUAUAUUUGCUAAAGGAAUUCAUGUGGAAAAUAGUUUCUUAUUGAAAACAAAUCAGAAUUGUAAAUAGGCUCAUUGUAUAUAGCAGAAGCUAACCACUGCUAAAUGGAGAAAUAGGGGUAGCAUAAAUAGCAACCAAACUUGAUUUGCAACAAAUAUAAAUAUAUAGAAAUGUUAAAACUUAUGCUUUUGUUGAAGAGAUGUCAGACAUAAUAGCUAAGUCAUAAUUAGAAAACUACAAUAAAAUCUAGUAAUUGAUUUGGAAAUUAAUUUUUAUUGGUUUGAAUGAAAGAGGUUGAUUUAAAGCUGCUGGGACUAUUUAAACAUUUUAUACUAUUGGCUUUGCAUCUUUCUCUCUAUAUAGUUUUUAGAUUAAAAGAUGGGAAAAUUCUCAAAAAAAAAAAAAAAAAUCCUUAAAAGUUUGAAGCCUUUGAAUGGAUGAAUAAGGAUGUUAAAAAGAUUAAAAGGUUAAGCAGCAAAGUCUUGUGACAACGGACUGCUUUAAGAUCUUUUUGGUCAAACAGAACUAGGUAAAGAGUGCCAAAAUGUUUAAUACCUUUCCAAAUAAAGCUUUUGGAUAGUCAAUGUUAGUGAACAAUGACAAUUUCUAAUAUUAAGAUUUGUCAUUCGGGAGCUGGGUGUGGUGGUAUAGGCCUGUAGUCCUAGUUAUUUGGGAGGCUGAGUUGUAAGAAUCUCAAGUUCAAGGUCAGCCUGGGCAAUAUAGCAAGAUCCCCACCCCCAGCUCUUUUCUCAAUUUUUUUUUUUUUUAAGAACUGGGGUUAUGGCUCAGUAGUGGAGCUCUUGCCUAUGUGAUCUAUAGCACUACCAAAAAAUAUUUUGUAAUGUUUUAGUCAAAUCAGUUCUUGGAUAAAAACUGUAAAACGUGUUACUAGAUAGUCAUGCUGAUGAUAUACUUCAUUUCCAACAGAUUUUGAUAGCAUUAUAUUCAUCUUAAUAAAAUUUUGUCACAUGUUCCCAUGGGUAAUGCAAAUUUAUAUUGAACUUUUCUCAAGGGAGGAGCCUAUUAAGCCAGAACUCAAAUUCCCUUAAUGGGCUGUAGUUGUGGUGCUUGUUGGAGGACUUUUAGCCCAUUACCUGUGAAAUCCAGAGCAUACAAACUCAUUUGCUUUCCAAAAAUCCCAGACUGGCUGCUCUUGGAUGACCUUUCUGGGCCUUACUUGGUUCAGACACUUUCCAGGUCAGUAAUGUUCUUAGCCCUACAGAUUAUGUACAGCUAGGUUAUAAUGAAUGAAUGUAACUUUGUUCAGGGAACUAGUUCUAAAGAACUCCUAAGGUCUUAUUACCAGCUGAGAUUAAGUCAACACAGAUGAUGGCAUUACAUUAAUAUAGGAUCACAAUUGGUCUACAUUCAGCACAAUCAUUGUGUGGUCAGAACAUUGGAAGGGUGUUAAUGAGAGGUGAGUUAUGUCCAGCUAUUAAAGACAAUUGUAAGAAACAGCGGUAUCUGGUACAUAGACUUAAGCACUAAAUGUUUGCUUAGAAAUCUAAAAAAGCAAUAAAGGACAUUGUCGUUUAAUGACCAUUAAGAUCAAAUUCAAUUAUCCUAUGUUUCCAGUGUUAGCUUAACCCAUUUUUUUGCACAUAAGAAAACACACAAGGUCAUAUAGGUAGUAACACAUGGGAGAACCCAUGGAUUCUUUUCAGUUUAUGCUCAAAUUGAAUUGGCCAAGACUAAUUAAUAAAUUAGGUGUUCUAAGAAUUACUUGUAGGUGUAUGCCCAUUAACAGCAAUACAGCAAUUUAGGCUUGACAUUAAUGAGACUACUAUGCUUCUUUUGUAUUUCACAGGAUGAGACUGUACCCCUUUAAGUACAUAAUCUUGAAAUUUUCUUAUGUGUAAGUAAUUCAUUUUAAUAAACUCCUUUUGGUAUUUUA